AUGUCAGCCUUGGAUUGUUCAAAAGCCAGCCAAUAUCUAUCUGAAUACGAGCACCGAGAUGGUUUGGCUAUUGAGGCGCUGAUGGACGAGCAAUUGAGUGGUGGUUUGACCUACAAUGAUUUUCUGAUCCUUCCUGGCUUCAUUGAUUUCGAUGCUAGCAAAGCCUCUCUCGACUCCAAGAUCACAAAGAACAUUACACUCAAAACCCCAUUCCUAUCUUCUCCCAUGGACACUGUCACUGAAACUGACAUGGCCAUCUCCAUGGCUUUGCUGGGUGGCAUUGGUAUCAUUCACCACAACUGUGAUGCCAAAACGCAAGCCGACAUGGUCCGCAAAGUCAAGACCUUCGAGAAUGGCUUCAUUGUUGAUCCCGUUGUUCUCUCUCCCACCAACACGGUCGCUGAGGUCAAGCACAUCAAGGAAGAGAGAGGAUUUUGCGGUAUUCCCAUCACAGAAAACGGACACAUGAAUGGCAAAUUGGUGGGUAUCGUCACUGCUCGUGAUAUCCAGUUCCAUAAAGAUGAUCAGUCCUUGCUCAAGGAUGUGAUGAGCACGGAUUUAGUCGUUGCCAAGAAGGGUGUUACUCUUCAAAAGGCCAACGAAAUCCUUCGUUCUUCCAAGAAGGGCAAAUUACCCAUUGUUGACCAAGAAGGCCGUCUCGUGUCUCUGUUGUCUCGCUCUGACCUUCUCAAGAACCUUCACUUCCCAUUAGCCUCCAAGUCUAUUGAUUCAAAGCAGCUCCUGGUGGGCGCUGCUAUUGGUACGCGCCCUGAUGACAAGGAUCGUCUUGCUUUGUUGGUGGACGCUGGUCUCGAUGUCAUUGUACUGGACUCUUCUCAAGGUAACUCCAUCUACCAACUCGACAUGGUUCACCACAUCAAGGAAAAGUACCCCAAGCUGCAAGUCAUUGCUGGCAACGUGGUGACCCGUGAGCAAGCUGCCAACUUGAUCGAAGCUGGUGCUGAUGGUAUUCGUAUUGGUAUGGGCUCAGGUUCUAUUUGUAUCACUCAAGAAGUCAUGGCUUGUGGUCGUCCUCAAGCUACUGCUGUCUACCGUGUCUCUGAAUUCUGUCGUCGCUUCGGCGUCCCUACAAUUGCGGAUGGUGGUAUUGGCAAUGUGGGCCAUAUUGUCAAGGCUUUGGCUCUGGGUGCCAGUGCUGUCAUGAUGGGUGGUCUUCUCGCAGGUACCACUGAAACACCUGGUGAUUACUUUUACCAUGAAGGCCAACGUCUCAAGCGUUACCGUGGUAUGGGAUCCAUUGAUGCCAUGAACAACAGGUCUGGUGGUAAGGAUGGCAAUGCUGCUACCAAGCGCUACUUUUCUGAGGGUGAUGCUGUCAAGGUCGCUCAAGGUGUAGUAGGCAACGUGCUUGAUAAGGGCUCUGUCCGCAAGUAUGCUUCCUACCUUAUCACUGGUGUCCAACACUCUCUUCAAGAUAUUGGUUGUCAAUCUGUCACUCAAUUCCAUGAGGAUGUAUAUGCUGGUAAGGUUCGCUUUGAAAAGAGAACUGCCGCUGCUCAAAUGGAAGGUGGUGUUCACGGUCUUCAUUCAUUUGAAAAGAAGCUCUUCACAUCUGCUUAA